AUGGGGUGUGUGAACCAGGAUGAUCUUGCCCAGGAGCACUCAAUGAAGAGGGCUAGACCAUAUAGUUUCUUCCAUGGGAAAUUUGGAGUUGAGGCACUAGGAAGAUAUGAUGGUCGAAAAGAAAGAAGUGGUGGCAGUGGCGACGACGGUGCUGGUGAUGGUAGUGGUGGGGGCGGCGGUAAUGGUGAUGGUGGCGAUGAAGGUGACAGUGACGGUGGUGGCAGCAGUGGGGACAACAACAGUGAUGACGAUGAAGGUGGUGGUGGUGGUGAAGGCGGUGGUAACUCAUUUUCAAUUACAAUAAUUACCAAAAUGAUUGAAAUCGGACCUGAUCAAACCAAUGAGGGUAAUGGACUACUAGUUCAUGGUUUAUGGAUUCAAUCGUAG